AUGCCUCCACGACCAAACCCCACCCAUUUUCUGUCCCUACAACUUGCCAGCGCGCAGUUGACGAAAAGCCUUGCUACAUUCCGAGCAGAUGUCACGGGUGCGAAUGGCUUUGGUGUUCCUGAAGAUGCGGUACGCCCACCUGGCACACUGCACCUCACGCUGGGUGUGAUGAGUUUGAAACAAGAAGGUGUCAGUCAGGCCGUUGACCUGUUGAAUACCCUCAAGCCGAGAGAAAUUCUAUCACAAUUGAGAGCUGUUCCUAGCUCCGUGCCAUCUACGGAUAACUCUCCAUCUCGCAGCACAGCCGGGGGCUUGUCAAUAUCUCUCCGUGGACUACACUCCAUGACGUCUGCGUCCAAGACGUCCGUGCUGUAUGCUCCACCUACAGAUGCCGAAGGGAUUUUAUAUAAACUCUGCGAAGAACUGCGGCAACCUUUCCGCGAGACGGGUCUGAUGGAGGAUGACGGUCGACCACUUUUGCUGCAUGCCACGAUUGUUAAUACGAUAUAUGUUAGGGGAAGAGGAGGGGCGAGACGGAAGGAGAGACUGAUGCUUGAUGCGAGGGAUUUGAUGAGCAAGUAUGAGGAUUAUGUGUGGGUGGAGGAUAUGCCGGUUUGUAGGGUGGCGGUUUGUAAGAUGGGUGCGAAGAAGGUUGAUGGGGAUGAGGUUUAUGAGGUUGAGGGUGAGAUUGAGAUAUGA